GACUGUCUGCUUGCAUCGUAGGCCGGUGGAGAGGUUUGAAUAGAAUAGGUAGAAUCGAAGAUCGCCGCUUUCUGAUUACCGCAAAUAUACGACAUCACUGAUGUUCGUCUACCAACUGUUGCCCUUCCUUUGGGCUGUGUCUGCAAAUGCAGAUUUCUUUCAAUUUGACACUAUUUCAAAUGCAUCUACGUAUUAUUUCAAUUAUAUUUAUUGUAAUCUAUGGGAAGGGGAGUGUCAACCUAAUCAAGAUGAUACGACUCAGCAAGUACCUACGAGGGACCUGUGGGCAGGAUUUCCUCAGGACUACAUCCGUUUGCUGUCACAAUGGUAUUGCAGCCUGGGACAGUGCUGUGAAUCAGGGGAUUGUCGGAUAACAAAUAAUAUUACAGGUUUGGCCAGUGAUCUACAGCUAAAGCUUCAUGGGCAGCACCUUGCCCAAUCAGUGGUUUUGAAGGCUGUGCAGGGCUUCAUCAGUAACCCUGAAUCAAAUAAGCCAUUGACCCUCUCCUUUCAUGGCUGGUCUGGCACCGGCAAGAACUUUGUGGCCCGGAUUGUAGCUGACAACAUGUACCGGGAUGGAGUGAAGAGCGAGUGUGUGCGUCUUUUCAUCGCCCCAUUCCACUUCCCCCAUGCCAGACUGGUGGACAUGUACAAGGGCCAGCUCAGAGAAGCUAUCCGGGACAUGGUGCUUCGUUGCCCACAGACACUUUUCAUCUUUGAUGAGGCUGAGAAACUGCAUCCGGGCCUUAUAGAUGCCAUCAAGCCCUAUAUGGACCAUUAUGACAAUGUGGAUGGGGUCAGCUACAGGAGAGCUGUCUUCUUAUUCCUCAGUAAUAUUGGUGGGACAACCAUCAACGAUGUGGCUUUGGACUUUUGGCACUCAGGGCAGAACAGAGAGGACAUUGGGAUGGAGGACUUGGAACACCGGCUUCGUGCUGAAGCUAUGGAAUCUCAAGGAGGCUUUGCACAGAGUGAGCUGAUGUCAGGCCAUCUUAUUGACUUCUUUGUGCCCUUCCUACCUCUGGAGUACCGUCAUGUCAAGCUCUGUGCCCGUGAUGCCUAUGCAGCGCGGGGUCUGGAACCAGACGAGGGAACGCUGGACGAAGUGGCAAAGGCCAUGCUAUAUGUACCCAAGGAGGAGAGGCUGUUCUCUGCCCAAGGCUGCAAAUCCAUACCACAGAGGAUCAAUUUCUUCCUCCCCUAAACAGACUAAUGCAACCCAGAAAACACACAGUAUUUUAGCAAAAAGGAAAAAGUAUGGUGACAUAUUGAACAUUGUUGCAGUGUGGUGUUCCCACGCCUCACCCUACACUGCCAAGAAAGCAAGCAUAGGGCAUCUGUCUCUUGUAAGAUUAUAUCUGAUAACCAAAUAAGAGAUUUUACUAGUGUUCAUUUUCAACUUUGAUUUUUCCCUGCUCAUUAGACUACUUUUAUGCACUGAUUUUUAGGUCAAGCUCAGGUCAACUCUGUAGUAUUAGUAUUUGCAUGUAUAUAUUUAUAGUGCGUUCGGAAAGUAUUCAAAACCCCUUGAGUUUUUCCACAUUUUGUUACAGCCUUAUUCUAAAAUGGAUUAAAUUGUCC